AUCACCCUGUCUAUAGCCCAGAACAUCACCCUGUCUAUAAAUCGUUCAUCGCAUUCUUCCUGGCAAAAAGUAGCAUACUCAUUGCGCCCAAGACCAAAAAGAAUCUCUAUAUUGCAUCCAACUCUUAAUCACCAGUUACUCUCCCAUAUGGCAUCUCUACCCUCGUUUUUCUUCUUAUCUAGGAGUACUUCAUUUUCUUUUUUCAUCCUUUUCUUGUUUUUCCCCAUGCAUGCGCGUAAGUCUAAUGCUCGCAGCUUCAGGGUCAUCACCAAUGCUGCUUCUCUCAAGGAAUUUCUUGAUUGCAAGGUGAAAGAAAUCGAGCUCAGGAAGGAUUCUUUUGAACAAGAAGCAAAUGCAAUUGGACGCCAACAUAGCAUGCCGUCUGGUAGGAUCCCAGACCGCUUUGAUCCAAUAUUUGGUUCAAAGGCGGUGAAGGAAAAAGAUGAGGAUCCAAGAUGGAAAUCAGGAAGAAAGGUUGUUGAGUCUUCUUGUCGCAUGAAUUUCCUCGAGGCAACAAAAACAGAGUGUUUAUGCAGGUUUCAAGAGGGUCAGCAGCUGAGCAAGACAUGACAUUGGAGGCCAUCGGUUCCCAUGACAUUAUAAAGACGGACGACUACCAGCGACAACACCGUGACUCUCCUAUUCACAACAAAUAAUAGGAAUUUCUUUGUUGUUUUCUGCUACGUACUAGUGU